UGUGCGUAUCCUGGCCUGAAGCCAUUCAACAGCAAUCGCUGUGCUGUACACUAUAGCGCUGUGAGUCUAGGUACGCGCAUACAAGAAAGAUCCCACGACUGCACCCUGGCCAAGCAGCUUGUGUCUCGAGCGGCCAACCGUCCAUCUGUCAGUUGGCCCAGCCUGGCAUCCAUAGUUCUUGACAAUAUCGACUGCACACUUCUGUCAACAUUGUGUUAUUUAGGUUUCUGCGUGUAACCCUGCGCAUUGCCCUACGCAGCGCGAUUUCGCUAUAGAAAUGCGCCGAGUACCCCAAGCUUCCCUUGCCAGUGCCAAGCGCAAAGAUUAACCAACAUAUGGUUAUGGCUAGUAAUUAUAAAAAUAUACAAUUGUAGAGUCAAAAGCCAAGGCGACUUGGGAUGAGGAUAGCAAAAUAGCCCUCAUCGGGAAACUCCCAAAGAGGGACCGUGCAUAAUACCUUCACUGCAACAAUUGGAUCUGCGUCAUCAUGGGGAACGUGCUUGCGCAGCCGGUGCGUGUGCCGGUGGACCCUCUUGCCGACUUGCCUGGCGUGGUGCUCAAGGACACCCUAGGCGGCGGCCGCUUCCUUAAAACGCUGCUGUGCCUCCACGACAGCGGCGGACUGGUGGUGGUCAAGGUGUACUUCAAGCGCCCCGACACAGCGGCCAGCGGGCUGGAGCCGUACAAGCAGCACCUAGCGGCCGUCAGGGCUGCUCUGUCCAGCGGCCCCUCCGCCUGCCAGCACGCCUGGCCCUGGCAGGCCUGGGUGGAGAGCCAGCACGUGGGCUACCUGGUACGACAGCACCUGGCGCAGAACCUGUACGACAGACUCUCCACGCGGCCCUUCAUGUCCAAGCUGGAAAAGCGCUGGGUGGCCUACCAGCUGCUGGUGGGCGCUGCGCAGGUGCACGGGCGCGGGGUGGUGCACGGCGACAUUAAGAGCGAGAACGUGCUGCUCACCAGCUGGGGCUGGGCGUGCCUCGCGGACUUUGCGAGCGGACUCAAACCCGUGGCGCUGCCGGCUGACAACCCGGCUGAGUACUCGUUCUUCUUCGACACGGGCGGCCGGCGCCGCGCCUACAUCGCACCCGAGCGCUUCUACACGCCGGGGUCACCCGGGGAGGCCCGCGCGGCGGCCGCGCUGAGCCCGCAGAUGGACAUUUUCUCGCUGGGCUGUGUCAUAGCGGAGGUGUUUUGCGACGGCAAGGCGCUGUUCGACCUCUCAGCGCUUCUGUCGUACAGACGCGGCGACGCGGCGGCGGAUCCGGCGGCCAAUGGCGCGCUGGCGGCGGUGGAUCCGGAUGUGCGGCGACUCGUACUGCACAUGAUUCAGCUGGAUCCAAACGCGCGCUGGUCCGCAGCCCAGUACCUCUCUGACUGGUCGGAGCCGCUCUUCCCGCCGUACUUCCCCGCGCUACACUCCUUCUUCGCCUCGCUACUGCCGUUGGAUGCAGACGCCCGCGUGGCCGCUACCGCAGCUGCGUUCCCGCGCCUGCGCAGGGAAAUACUAGCGGCGGCUGGGUCGGCAGCGACGCCAGGGGGAGCAGCGGCGGCGGCGGCUGGAGAUAAGGGUGUGGUGAUUGCGGUGGCCAGCGCAGGUACGGCAACGCUGGCGCAAGACGCAACCGCAACCGCAACCUCAUCAGCGGCGCCUCGUUCCUCGCCGCCGCCGGUGGGUCCCGGUGCAAGCGUUCCCGCGCAGCAGGCGCCCGCGGCGGCGGCGGCGGCGGCUGGCGGCGGCGGCGGCCCCAGUGCCGUACUGGGCGGUGCUGGCGGCAGCGGCGCGGCGGCGGGUCUGGUGAGCCUGCUUGAUGAGGUUGGGGCACUGCUGGCGGACAGCGGAGCCAUGGCGAGGCGGUUCAGGACCGCAGCGGACGGCGUUGGCGGCGGCGGCAUGCUUGACAGCCGCAGCGGCAGCGGUAGCGUGGGAGGCAGCGACGCCUUCCUGCUGGAUGGCGACGAAGAGCCCGACGACAGCGCCGCCGCCGCCGCCGCCGCCGCCGCUGGCGGCCGGCCGGGGGGCUCCGGAGCUGCAGCAAUGGCGGCCGUUGGCGGCGGCGGUGCCGCCGCCACCGGGCUGUCGGCGGGGGCAGCGGCGGCGGUUGGCGGCGAGGAGUGCGGGGAGCGUAGCAUGGGUGUCUCUGUGGGGCCGGCGGUGAUUGAGGAGGUGGUGCAGGAGGUGGUGUAUGAAUACCAGGUGCGGGAGCCCUGGGGCGCCUGGCAGGGUGCCUCCGCGGACGAUGACGAGGCGCUUGUGGGCGGCAUGAGCGUCAUCUCCUCCUCCCACCGCCACCCCCAGCAUGGCGGGCACAGCCACCAUCACCACCACCACCAUGCA